AUGGACUCCACAAUCUCGCCAGAGCAGUCUCAACGACUCGACGCCUUCGAGAAAAUUCCCAUCGCGGACUUAAACCCCGACCUUUCCAACCCGGCUUCUCGAACCGUCCGUGGUGUUGUCACCAUCACCUGGCCGUAUAAUUCCGUGCAGAAAACGUUUUCCUUCAUCCUCGCUGAGCCCGACUAUCGUCUGCGCCGUAACAAGGGUCAAGUUCGCAUCAGUUUCAGCGGGGCCUCCGCCAAAGCCGCCGGGGAUAGCGGACUAAGCAGUGGCGAUGAGAUACUUGUGAGCCUGGAUGGCGCCGAGUGGGAGCCUGAACAGACUAGGAAACGCCAAAGCCUGCCCGGCGCUAGCAUCGACUGGCAUUUAAAAUUUGCCGAGAAGCUGCUGCUCCAGGUCACCGUAUCCGAGACAAGAGAAACCCAACUCAUUAUCGUCCGCCAUAAUCCGUCAAUAGAGACUGCUGUGCCGCAACAGCCCGUUGAAGCAUCGCCUGCUGAGACCAACCACGCUGAGGUAUCGCCAGUUCUCGACCUCGAACCUCUCACGCCGCUAAGCAAACCGCGCAUCGAAGAACUGAAAGAUGGCGAAUUCUCGUCCCCGGCGUUCAUCAAGAGGGCCCGAAUGUCGUACGGCUCUUUAUUUGAAGACGGGUAUGACAUAUUUGAGGAGGAUGGUGGAGUGAAGGGGAGGGGUCGGAAGAGGUCAAGAUUUGGCCGUGAAAGUGGUGCAUGGAAAUAUACCAGCCAGUCUCCUAGCCCCGAGCUCGCAUCGCCCCCGGGAGACGACGUCGUCUUGCCCCCGGCACCUGAAAUGACAGAUGAAGGGUGUCAAACUAUGGAGCUCGACUUCGCCAUGCCUUUAUCUGCACCGCCCGCAACGCACCCUGACGAGGUACGGAAGAGCCCGAAACUAGCGAUAGGGGAGGAACAGAGUGCCGCCCUUCGAGGCGACAUGGUGGACCAUGGCGUUCAAAGAGACCUCCACGGUGCAUGGCUGAUUCCAACCCCCGCGUCCCUCCCGCCAUUCCUCUCUGGUCCAGCUCCUAGUACUGGCUCUGAGCUGCCUGCAUUCGAACCAGGCACUGCAUAUGUCCACACAAACGACUUCCCAGGAGAAUGGAAUCCUAGGCCAGUAGAUCUGCCGAUCGAGGGAUACGGACAUAACCUACCUGUGCCACUAGAAGACUACCCUGCAAACGAAUAUGGGGUUGUAAGAGCGAGAACUCCUCUGCGCUCGCCACACUCACCGCACAAUAUUACCGUCGAGCAUUCUGAACAUGUGCCUGGAGGUGACCAUCCUGUCGAGGAACCGCACUAUCCAAUUCUAGAGGCUCCCGAAAAUACAGCAUACCCGCCUUUAGACAUUGGAGAUGAAGAGCGAAAUCACCAGCUUCCACACGACACACAUCUCGAUUACCCGCCGUCCUAUUUGGGUGAGAGCCAGCACUUCUCUCAUCUAGAUUCCAUAGUUAGCAAACAAGAUACCACGGGCUCAAGGACCCUCUUGCCUGCGAAGGCAGGAUCGUCAUCCUGGGCAACGAUUAACAACGGACCACACGUGACGUCGGAGCUGCAUUCUGAUCAACCCGAAAGUGCUGAGGGUAGAUCUCCCGAGAUUCCGGUUGUCAUAAACGAGAGCGAUUCAGACGGCGAGGAGCCGCCUCUAGUUGCUUCAAAUGAGGUGGUCAUGAGUGAUCGCGCCGAUGGCAACUCGAUCCAAGACGAAGCGGAGAUUGAAAAUGAAGCGGACGCCCGGUUUUCAGACGAUGAGGCCGAGCAUGAUGAGGAUGAAAUAGGCGACGAUUAUGAUAUAAGAAACUACACCGGACCGGACGACGAUGAGGACGACAGCCAUGACGAAGAUUUGCGACCACACAAGCCGGAACCUGAGUUUGACGAUGGCGAAAGCUGGAGCGAGGAGGAUGAAGAACAGGAAGAGUCCGAUUGGGAAAGUGGGUAUGAGGUGGAUAAUAGACUAACCAAUCCUCAACCGCCGCCCAAACUCGUCCAGUCUGAACCUCAAGUCAUCGACCUUAUCUCUUCAGAUGAGGAGAGCGAAGAGGAUGAAGCUACUGCGCCUCAACCGGAACACGGAGAGGUCCCAAGUAAUUCAUUAGGGAGUGAACAAAAACUAAUGCUGGGGCCCAUGCCUGAUCGAAGACUGAUAAUAGACGUCGGGAGUGAAAGUGACGAAGAGAUGGCAGAGGAAGAUGAGGAGGUACCGGGAGAAGAAGACGAUGGAGACAUAGAAGAAGAGGAGUUACUAGACGAAUAUGACGACGACGACGAAGAGGAGGAAGAACUACGAGGCGAAAAUAGCGAUUCCGAAGGCCAAGACGGACCUAAGUGGACGCACCCGCCCGUUGGACGAGAACCGGAAACAUUCGCCGCCGAGAACGAAAACGCUCGCCUACCUCUAGAGCAGAGCAGUGUGGGAGAAGAGGUCUCGAAGGUUGAAGACCCGAGGAAAGUUUUGGUAGCGGCAUCUCUACAGCAACCCAAGAGCCCGAAGAGUUCGGAUGCGAACGAACUUUCUAAAGAUUCGAGAAACUCGCCGGAACCCGACGAGCCUCGGUCUACCGCUACUCGCGCAGAAGAUGAAGACAACACCGUAGCAGGCGAGGGAGCCGAGAAGGGAGAGGGGAACUUUGCUCCCAACUCUGCAGCGGAAGGGCUCGAGAUUCUGAGCCGAAUAGUUGAAGGCGAAUUAAAUGUUGAAGUCGCACCGCCUGUGGGGCCAACAAGCGGUGUCGAUCUCGAUAUUACGAUGCCCGAAGCCGGUGGGAUCUCGGUUGACCGUGCGAAACAGCUAGAGGAGACGGUUGAAAACGACUCCCAGGAUAUCCAAGGGGAUGAGGAGCCGAUUGACAUGGUCCCUACUUUCCCACAUGCCACUUGGAAUAUACCUCCCACUAUACCUGCCGAGGGCGAACGAGCACAGGUAGUUGGCCCAGCAUCUCCUCCAUUUACGGAUUCGUUCAGAUCCCAGCUCAGCGAGGGAAAAACGGAAGCAGUAUUAGAAGAAACCGUCACUGCGAAACCACAGAUACCAUCUGCAUUCGACCAACUUACACCUCAGAACACGCAGCUCCCGGGCAACGGUACAGUUGCAGAUAAUGUAACAAGUGCCCUAAUGGAUGUUGACGAGCCCGAUGAAAUUGACAAUACAGCGGAAUCUGCCGAGAUCGUCCACGUACCUUCAUCAACUACGGAGCAAACGCCUAGCACGGAACAGGUAUCGACAGCGAUUACGGCUCCCGAGCUGGCUGUAGAGAAACCCGUUGAAUACGAUGCGCAGCAACAGCGAACAGCUUUGGAACGUGACGUCUAUGGCGUAUCGAGUCCCGGCCGUGUAUCGAGUCCCGACCGCGUACCUGUGUCGCCGAGCCUCAGCUUCCAAACACAGGUUGACGCUGGUGAAUUCACGCAAAUCAGCUUUGUCGAUUCUAUACCCGGCGUCGAGGUCGGGGCUGAGGCCGCGAAUGAAGCCAAAUCGGAUUUCGAAGCCGGCGUCCCCGAUGUUAGUCCGUCAUUUAGGUCGCAGAUGGAAAUUGACGAAGAAUUGCAAGCUAGCAUUAUUAUGGAGUACGCCGACGAAUCCGACGAGGGUACGGAUGUAGAUACAGAAAGGGAUAACGAAGCCGAUGGUCAACUAGAAGACCGUUCAGACGAGUCCGAUGAAGAAGAUGACGAGGUCGACAUGGUGCCCGAGAAACAGAGUUUCGCCGCGAAUCCCCCCCGUCCGGACCUCGGGCUUCGCGAAGAGCAACUCGCAGAACCUCCCCGACCGAUUUCCACUGCUAUACCGACCGAUGUUGGUGAUCAAGUACUACUUGAGGAUCCGAGUAUACGACUCGCUCGCGCUGCCAAUGUAGCCAAGCAGACCCCCGAACAGAACGAGGUAACAUCUAUGGUUCAUCCGGAUCCGAAACUAUUCCCCGUGCACGAAAGCUCGAGCCCCGGAGCAGAGGAUGCGAGCGUGCGCCUGUCUAGAUCGUCUCUGAGUAGGCACUCGCAGGCGGAGGAGGAAGAUAGUCGGAUGACGACGGCCAAGCUGAGACUGGUGCGGUAUCUCCGGGACGAGUUGCCGGACUGCAGUUCUCUCAGGACGAUACAGCGGCAUCUACAGAUGAAGCUAGAAACGAUUGCGGUUGCGGUGAUGCGACCGCCAGACCCCCGUCGGGCCAAGGGCGGCCCGCGCGAGUACAUGAUGUCCUUCACCAUUACGGACCACUCGAUCGGGCCCUACGAGGUGGUGGAAGUGCAGCUGUACCGGCCUCAUAAAGAGCGGCUGCCGAUCGUGAAGACGGGGGACGUCGUGCUCCUCCGGAACUUCACGGUGGUCGCGCUGCACAAUAAGGGCUUCGGGCUCCGGACGAAUGACGAGUCGAGCUGGGCCAUCUUCGACUACGAGGGCGAGCCGGCGCAGAUCAAAGGACCGCCGGUGGAAUACGGAGAGAGAGAGACGACGUACGUGACGCAUAUGCGAGCGUGGUUCCACCUCUUGGACGAGAAGGCUCGGGCGAAGCUCGAAGAUGCCAACAAGAAGAUUGUGGAGGCCGGCGGAUCUAAGUAA